AUGAGCAAACUCUGGGGCCCAAGAAAGCCUGACGAUACUGAAAGCCUGGAAUCUUCUCAUAUGUCACAUAGCCGGGACCCUGAUGAAAGAACUAGUCUUCUACGCCCCGAAAAUGGACAUCACCCACUCAGUCCAGAUGAUCCGGCAGUAUCGCCGUACAAUCUUCUUUCUGUGCGAUCACUGAGAUGGGCAUCGAUUCUUCUGUUGACGAUUUCUUUACUUUGGUGGAUUGUACUUUUGAUUUCAAUGUUUGUCAGCCCUCCGGGAAUCUAUUCUAGAGGAAGCGGGUUUUCCGAUUUUGCCUUCUCUACGCUUGCUACUGGCAGCUUGGUAUUAUUACUUCUAUUCUUCGCUACUCCCGCGAAAUCUGAGCAAUAUUCAUGGAUUAUUCUUUCCGUUUUAUUAUUUAUCGACAUAAUCAUCAUUUUGGCCGUUGGGCGUAUUCGUGGUGAAGAAGGUUGGGUUGGAAUCGUGUCUGUAAUUUGGGCUACUGUGAUUAGUACCUGGGGUAUCCUCUGUGACCGUGUAGUCGCCUACGGUAAGAGAGAGGAGGAAGAGCGUCUGACUGGCCGUCGUGAAACUAGACGUUCUUUGGCUGAAUGGUUAUCGGUUUUUUCUGCCACUAUCGUUCUUAUCGUCUUUAUUGCAAUCGCCUGCCUCCUUACCGCAACACUCAUCCUCCGUUCUAGGGACGCAUCCCUCGCACCACCAGGAACUCGAUAUUGGGUGGACGGCCAUGGAUAUGAGAUACAUCUGUUUUGUACGGGGAAUGCUACAACGGCGGACGGAAAGAGAGUAACAACUGUACUUGUGGAAGGAGGUGAAGAUCCUGUAAAACACGGUUUGGAAGGAUGGAUUUUGGGUACAUACCAGGAUAAGCAAAUCGAAAGAUAUUGUUACUGGGAUAGACCCGGUAUUGCUUUCAGCGAUAAUGCACCAAGCCCAUUGUCAGCAGGUAUGGCAAUUGACGUUUUGUCAGAGGCGCUUAUGAAAGCAGACGAAAAAGGACCAUGGGUGCUUGUUUCCCAUGGUGUAGGGGGAAUAUACUCUCGCAUCUUUGCCUCCCGUCAUACUACUGAGGUCAAAGGAUUACUUCUGAUAGAUGCUCUCCCCGAAUCCCAGCUCCAUCGAAUUGGCUCUGCUGGUAGAGGAUUUUUGCUUUGGCUCAGGGGGAUCAUCAGUCCAAUUGGGAUUGAUCGUUUGACGGGAGCCAUUUUCAUGGGUCGAGACCGUGCAGAUCGCAUAUAUGGGCGUUCUGCAUAUCAAAGUGGAAAGCAAAUCAAGGCAAAGCUUCAAGAGAACUUGGUAGCAACAACAUUCACGAAGAACGAGAUCGCAGCUGCUAAAGCAAUCUUACCAAAGAGCGUACCUGUUGCUGUUAUAAGCUCGGGCAAGUCGGUUAAGCACGACCAACAAUGGAACGACGGUCAAAGAGAGUUGACUGAAAUUACGGAUAACCUUGUGGCUUGGGAUGUGGUCAACCAUGCUCCGCACGAUGUUUGGAACAGCAUAGAUGGAGCAAAUAUCUUACAAAAAAGGUUAAAAGAACUAUUGCGCGGGUAA